GUUCUAGCGUUAAACGUUGCGAGGUUUAUAUUCCAAUGGCGGCCUGUCUGAACACCACGGCUCUUAUGUAACACUUCAUAUCUUCCUGGCAGCGUGUUUAUUUUAUUUGAAGCGAUUAAUAAAAUAAGAACGUGUUGCUUCGCGUCUAAUUCAACAUUAACGCAUUGCAUGGGCUGUGCAUCGUUUAAUGUGCCCAAUUUUUCUGUGGCAUAAGUAAUUGUCAUGCUUAUAUUCUUUUUUCUUAAGAAGGCUGCCUAUACGUCCAAAUAACGAACUAUAAAGAUGGACUAUGUUAUCAUCCUUGCGUUGUUUCUGUCACCGCUGCUAUCCUACGGCCUAGCACCUACAAAUACAGCAAAGAAAAAUAAUGACCACCGAGUGAAGAUGGUAAAGAAGUUACUGAACCAAAAGGGUUCCCUCGCAGUUAGUCGUGGAAAGUACACGCAACUCGAUUACCCCUUAUGUGUGCGAUCACGUUUCGAAGAGUACUCACUUUCUGGAUAUUUCCACAAGUUAAUCUACUACGAAGAGAAGGAAAAGGGGUCCGGAAUACUAGGAAAGCGCCAUACCUUAAGAGCUUUCUUCGAAGUCAAAGCAAACGACGCACUGAGCCUUCUCGUCCAUGCUUACAUGAGUGGCGGUUUUGAGGACCAUAGAAUAUCUGGAAGCUACGAUAUCCUCUAUGCUGACAAUACUUGUUUUAUAGUCGCUACACCUAGAAAAGCAGAGUAUAAAUAUCUUCCACAUACCACACAAGUUGCUUUUUUCUGCCGAUACCACAUUGGAAUGGAACAUCAGCACUGCCUUAAAGGAAAAAAGUGAUAUGUACAACAAAAUAUAGUGACGCUAUGUCUACUGUAGGAUGAGUUCUGCUUGUGAAGGUUAAUGAAAUAAAUUACAUUGUUGUGUUUUACAUGAUAAAAUCAUAUCAUUUAUAGGUAUAACGUAGUUGAGACUCCGUAUUAAUUUUUUCCACCUGUUGUUCCUUAAGCUGCACCUAAAUCGAGAUACACGAGGCUUUUUGGAUAUGAACCCAUUAAUAUGAGGCCGCUGCGGCAAGAUCACAUCCGUGACCGAGAGCUCA